AUGAGACAUCUGAGAACCCAUACUGGCGAAAAACCGCAUUCCUGUGAACAUUGCUCAAAGGCAUUUUCCAACACUUCACAUCUAAUGAGACAUCUGAGAACCCAUACUGGUGAAAAACCGCAUUCCUGUGAACAUUGCUCAAAGGCAUUUUCCAACACUUCACAUCUAAUGAGACAUCUGAAAACCCAUACUGGUGAAAAACCGCAUUCCUGUGAACAUUGCUCAAAAGCAUUUUCCAACACUUCAGAUUUAAUAAGACAUCUGAGAAUCCAUACCGGAGAUUUAAAGAGCCAUGCUGGCGAGAAACCGUAUUCCUGCGAACAUUGUUCAAAGGCGUAUUCUUACACUUCAGAUUUAAUGAGACAUCUGAGAACCCAUACUGGCGAAAAACCGCAUUCCUGUGAACAUUGCUCAAAGGCAUUUUCCAACACUUCACAUUUAAUGAGACAUCUGAAAGUUCAUACUGGAGAGAAACCGUAUUCCUGUGAACAUUGUUCAAAGGCAUUUUCAGACAAUUCACAUUUAAAGAGACAUCUGAGAACCCAUGCUGGCGAGAAACCGUAUUCCUGUGAACAUUGUUCAAAAGCAUUUUCUGACAAUUCAUAUUUAACGAGACAUCUGAGAACCCAUACUGGAGAGAAACCGUAUUCCUGUAAAUAUUGUUUUAAGGCAUUUUCCAAAACUUCAAAUUUAAUGAGACAUCUAAAAACCCAUACUGGCGAGAAACCACAUUCCUGUGAACAUUGCUCAAAGUCAUUUUCCAACACUUCAGAUUUAAAGAGACAUCUUAGAAUCCAUACGGGAAAUUUAAAGAGCCAUGCUGGUGAAAAACCGUAUUCCUGCGAACAUUGUUCAAAGGCGUAUUCCAACACUUCAGAGUUAAUGAGACAUCUGAGAACCCAUACUGGCGAAAAACCGUAUUCCUGUGAACAUUGCUCAAAGGCAUUUUCCAACACUUCACAUUUAAUGAGACAUCUGAGAAUCCAUACUGGAGAGAAACCGUAUUCCUGUGAACAUUGUUCAAAGGCAUUUUCAGACAAUUCACAUUUAAUGAGACAUCUGAGAACCCAUGCUGGCGAGAAAUCUCAAUCCUGUGAUUAUUGAUCUCAGACGUUUUCCCUUGCUUCAUUUUAAAGAUACAUAUGAGAAUCUAUAGUAGAGAGAAACUUUACUUCUGUGAACGUUAUUCAAAGCAAUUUUUCAGCUCCUCUUAUUUCAAGAUUAAUUUGAUGUACCACAAUGG